CACUUCCUUUCACAACUGAUUGAGUCCGCAGCAGCAGCAGUGUGUGCUGAAGCAUGGUAACUGGGGUUAAAAUGCGCUCUCCAAUCAGGACUGAAUUGCUGCUUUGCUUGUUCCUACUCUCCCUGGAUGCAUUGGACUGUAAAUACACCCCAAGAGUGAUUCUCCCUGCAACAGGUGAAGGUUAUGUUCGCUACGAGUUCCCUAGACCACAGGAACACAUUGUGUUUCUCCAUGGGCAAGAGGAUGGAACUCUUUAUGUUGGCGGCCAAAACAAGCUUUUCAACAUUAACUUCAAGUCGCUGAAUCAAUCCACAGUGAUUCCUUUCCCAUUGGAAGUUGCUACAGGCUAUGAGGGGAGGUGUGACGUUACAGUCUUGCACAGAUAUGACGACUCUCAUCUGUUUGUCUGUGGAUCGGACGGUGAGAGCCCUCAGUGCUACAUGAUGACAGACACAUGGAAUUCAUCUGAAAAGGUUAACCCAGCUGGAAUUUCGCCAUUUUCUACAAAUGAAAAAGCACCUUCCCUGUUUGUAGAGGGAGAACUAUACACCACCAGUAGGCUUUACAAAGAAGGAAAUGGCAAAGAUCUACGCAGAAGCUGGGGGUUAAAGAAAAAGGUUUGGAUGCAUGACAAAUCAAAGAAAGAUCCAAAAUAUAUUGGCAUAACAUCAGUGAGCAGGAAGGAUGAUCCGUUGAACGAUAAAAUCUACACCUUCUUCCAGGAGAAGAAUCCAGAUAUCAGUCCUGAUGCUGAUCCAUGGAUCUCCCGGGUCGCUCAAGUCUGCAAGGUGGAUCAGGGGGGCAGCAGGAGUAUACUGCAUAGCAUGUGGACGUCGUUCCUGAAAGCACGGCUGGCAUGCGGGGUUCCCUCUGAGAACAUGUUCUAUAAUCGGCUCGAGGAGGUGUAUGUGCUGCAUGCGGAGAACUGGACGGACAGCAGGGUCUAUGGGGUCUUCUCAAGUGCCUGGAACAUGACAGCCGUCUGUAUCUACUCUAUGGAGGAGAUUGACAGUGUGUUCACCCACUCCAAGUUUCAAGGUUAUUCAGGGGUAAUUCCAAACCCCAGGCCAGGAACAUGUGUUGAUAACAGUCAGGCGUUGAAAGACGAUGUUUUAAAGGUGGCAAAAGACCACCCAGAGAUGUCAGAUUGGAUUCAUCCCAUUGUCAAAGCAGCUCCCUUUAUGAUUAGUGACCGGCGCUACAGGAAGAUCCAAGUGGACAGAGUCACAGUCCCCGGUCAGAAACCACACAAUGUUCUACUGCUGGCCACAGAGAGUGGUUUGAUCCACAAGGUGCUGGAGGUGAACCACAGUCCCUUCAUUAUUGCAGAGAUUCAUCCCUUCAAGAGCGAAUCUCACAUCCAGUCGAUGAUUCUGGACUCCACAACGAAAAAGCUGUAUGUGGGUUCUCACUAUGAGGUGGUUGCAAUUGACCUGCAGAAUUGUGAGCAGUACGGCGAUGGAUGCGAGCAGUGCAUUUUAUCUAGAGACCCCUACUGCGGCUGGAGCAACAAGAAGUGCGCUAAAGCAGAACGUGGCGCUGUUCAGCAUGUGGAGGAUUGUGAUCAUAGCCAGUGUACUCAGAUUCCCAAAUUUGAACAUUAUCGAUCCCAGAGGGGAAACCCUGAAGACCAGGAGCUGAAAAGCAUUGCACCCCUGUCUGCCCCCUACUUCCUAUCCUGCCCCAUGACCUCCCAUCAUGCCUCACACUCCUGGCACCAUAACAACAGGACCAUUGACUGCCAGUUCAGCAAAUCGGACUGCCUCCACCUGAUUGAGGGAAUGAAACCAGACCUCUAUGGAAAGUAUCAGUGCUUUGCUGAGGAAAAGGGAUACCAGUGGCUGGUGACAGAAUACACACUGAUGCCCAGUUCAGGAACCACAGCACUCAGCUCCAAGGUGCAAGUCCUGGGGAGUAUCAUCCUGCUGGUGGGGCUCAUUCUCUGAGCUCAGUUCAAGUUUACUAUGGUGUAGUCUGACAGCCACGUGCAUUCAACCAUGCUUUUAACAUAUAUUUUGCUUGUUAUUGUGCUUUUCCAUAGUUACCCAAUGUCUGUUUAAGAACACAAGAAAGUCUACAAAUGAGAGAGGCCAUUCGGCCCAUCUUGCUCGUUUGGUUGUUAGUAGCUUAUUGAUCCCAGAAUCUCAUCAAGCAUGCCCCUUUAUCUAAUCUCCAUUUGUGACCCCUGGUCCUUGUUUAAAAGUCCCCUGGGUUGACAUUGUCUAUACCUUUUAAGAUUUUGAAUGCUUGAAUCAGAUCCCCGCGUAGUCUUCUUUGUUCAAGACUGAAUAGAUUCAAUUAUUUUAGCCUGUCUGCAUACGACAUGCCUUUUAAACCCGGGAUAAUUCUGGUUGCUCUUCUUUGCACUCUUUCUAGAGCAGCAAUAUCCUUUGUAACGAGGUGACCAGAACUGAACACAAUAUUCUAGGUGAAGUCUUACUAAUGCAUUGUAAAGUUUUAACAUUACUUCCCUUGAUUUAAAUUCACCACUUCUCACAAUAUAUCAGAGCAUCUUGUUAGCCUUUUUUAUGGCUUCCCCACCAUUGUCUAGAUGAAGACUUUUCUGAGUCAACAUAAACUCCUAGGUCUUUUUCAUACACUGCAUUGUUCAGGUAUGUUUCAAAAUUUGUUUCAAUAAAGUGAAUACACAUUCAUUGAAUACAUCGUGAGUACAGCAGUGUUAUUGUGUGAUAUGCAUGUAGAGGGAGUGGGAUUGUGUAGCGGCGUGGUGGUGGUGGUGGGGGGUGGGGGAUUGCUUUGCAUCUCCACUUAGUGAAAAACUGUGGGGAUAACGGUUGCAAAGGUUUUAAAAACUAGUACCUGGCUUGUCUGUGAUAAGUCCUCUCUAGGAUAUCUGCAAGACUGCACCGACCGGUAUCAUGGUAAAUAACUACACAUUGCGCCGACUUUUUAUUUUAAAUAUAUGUUUUAAAGUUUUUAAUGUUGAAAUAUUCUUUAUUAAAAAUGACACCUGUUUAGAAAAUGCAGUAACCUUACAUGUAGCCUAUAGGCCUAGAUACAGUAAUGUAAACAUUUCAGUAGGUUUUAUCUGUUGAAUGCAUUGUAAAGCACUUUGAUAAAAAUGCUACAUAAAAACUAAUAAGUACACAAAUAAAUGGUGUUGUAAUUUAUAUAAUAUGUGUGAUCUGCAAAAUAUAUUUCUAAUAAGACGUGUUCUGUGUGCUAUGAACUGAGUUUAAACAAGUUAUUUUGGGUAGCGAGUUGCUUUUUUAAAAUAUUGUUUGUGCUAUAAAUAUAUUGAUUUUGAA